AUGGCUUUUCCCAAACGUAAAGCCUCCAUUAUAAGACUUCCGCUCAUUGCUGAAUAUCCUCCUCAACCUUCUAAGCGAAGCUUGCGACAAACACUUUUUCUUUCAUUCUUCGGUCUCUUAUUCUCUACCUCUCUUUUAAUUAACGCUUUCCAUUUCAUGUCAUGCCAUAUUGACGGCGUGGAAAGAGUGUCAACCCAGCAAGCUACAGAAACACUACUCGAUAAUAAUGAAGCUAGUUUGUCAGAGAAACAAUUCUUGCCUUCACCACCGCACCAACAACUUCAAGAUUUAGUACUCGUGGCUGGCCACGCGGUUUUUGUCGGUUCGGAUUUGGAACACGUUGAGGAGGAUAGUGAUUGGGUGUUGGAGGAUUAUCAGAAGGGAGGUGAACAAGUGAAAACAUUUUUAAAGCACAUUAGGAAAGGUGUCGAAUUAACGAUAGAUAACGGAGAGGCGUUGUUGAUAUUUAGUGGGGGACAGACAAGACCUUCUGCAGGACCAAGGAGUGAAUCACAAAGUUAUUGGGUUCUUGCUGAAUCACUUCACAUGUUUCCCAAACUCGAGAAUUCUACAAUAUUUAAUCGAGCCACCACAGAGGAAUACGCGCGUGACUCUUACGAAAAUCUACUGUUCUCAAUUUGCCGCUUUUAUGAAUUAACAGGUCAUUAUCCACGAAAUGUGACAAUUGUAGGAUUCGCAUUUAAACGACGGCGAUUUCUAGAGUUGCAUCGUGCAGCUCUAAAGUUUCCUAUAGAAAGAUUGAAUUAUGUAGGUAUUGAUCCAGAUAAUAGUGCGCUGGGACGAAUGGUGGGCGAGAAUGUUAAUGCCUUGGGUCCAUUUCGAGAUGAUUUAUAUGGAUGCCACGGAAAACUUCGCGAAAAAAAGAUAAACCGAAAUCCUUCACGUAGAAGUCACCCGUAUAAUUUGAGUUGCCCGUCACUUUCCUCUUUAUUCGAUUAUUGCCCAGAGAAUCAAACAUUAAUAUAUCCCGGAUCAUUACCUUGGGAAUAA